GCCGAUUUGGCGCCACAUUUCGGCAGCAGAAAGCGCUCCCGACCCCUGACAACAAACCCGUCGCUGUUCAUGCCACUUUCGCGUCAUCUUAUCGGGUUUGUCCCUUCGUGAAACGCUUUUAACAUGUUCGUCACGGACAUACGAAAGGAGUUUUACGAAGUCGUUGCCAACCAGAGAGUCGCUCUCCUGGUGGCAUCAGACAUCGACGCUCUCUGUGCCUGUAAGAUUCUACAGUCACUGUUCCACUGUGACCAGGUCCAGUACACACUUGUGCCAGUGACGGGCUGGCAGGACCUUGGCACGGCCUUCCUUGAACACAAAGAGCAGUUCCGAUACUUUGUCCUCAUCAACUGUGGGGCAAAUGUUGACCUCCUUGAGAUGCUGCAGCCGGAUGAUGACUCCGUCUUCUUCAUCUGUGACACUCACCGGCCUGUAGAUGUGGUCAACGUCUACAAUGACUCGCAGAUAAAGCUACUGAUCAAACAGGAUGACGACCUUGGCGUGCCCUCGUACGAUGAUAUUUUCCGAGAUGAAGACGACGAAGAAGGGGGCGACUCUGGAAAUGAGAGCGAUGAAGGCUCAGAGCCGUCGGGCAAACGGAGGAGAUUCGAUGAAGGGGCGGUGGAGAGGAGAAUUGAAAGACAGCGAGCAAAGAGGGAGUGGGAGGCACGAAGGAGGGAAAUCUUGUUCGACUAUGAGCAGUAUGAAUAUCAUGGGACAUCUGCGGCCAUGAUGUUUUUUGAGCUUGCGUGGGUAUUGACUAAAGACACCAAGGACAUGCUCUGGUGGGCCGUUAUUGGACUGACAGACCAGUGGGUUCACGAUAAAAUCACACAUAUGAAGUACGUAACGGACAUCGCCACGAUGCAGAGACACGUCUCCCGGCAUAACCACCGAAAUGAGGACGAGGAGAACUCGCUUUCCAUUGACUGCAUGAGGAUUUCCUUUGAAUACGACUUACGUCUAAGCCUCUAUCAGCACUGGUCUCUGUAUGAGAGCAUUUGUAAUUCAUCUUACACGUCGUGCAACUUCAAGCUUUGGACGUUAAAUGGACAGAAGAAACUCCAGGAGUUCCUUGCUGACAUGGGGCUGCCCCUAAAACAAGUGCGGCAGAAAUUCCAUUCCAUGGACAUGUCAAUCAAAGAGAACCUGAGGGAAGUCAUUGAAGAGUCUUCUAAUAAAUAUGGUAUGAAGGAUAUCCGUAUCCAGACGUUCGGUGUCCACUUUGGCUAUAAGAACCGUUUCCUCGCCAACGACAUGGUACACGCUUGUGCUGCUCUGCUGGAGAGCGCUGAGAAGGACGACGGCGACAAUUUCAUCAAUGCUCUCGACUCCCUUUCCAGAAGUAACCUUGAUCGUCUACAUUCUGGCAUUGACCUGGCUAAGAGGAAGCUGAUCGCUGUCCAGCAGACUGUAGCCAGCUGCAUCUGCACCAACCUCAUCCUGUCACAGGGACCCUUCCUCUACUGCUACCUCAUGGAGGGAACUCCCGAUGUGAAGCUCUUCUCUAAGCCCAUGGCCUUGACUUUGCUCUGCAAAUACCUCCUGAGGGCUUUCGUCCAUUCUACGAGGAACAAACGCUGCAAACUGCUUCCCCUCAUCAUGGCUGCUCCCAGGGAUGUGGAGAAGGGAACGGUCAUUGUCGUGGGAAUCCCACCAGAGUCGGAGACGUCUGACAAGAAGAAUUUCUUUGGACGAGCAUUCGAGAAAGCAGCAGAGAGCACCAGCUCCCGAACUCUCCAUGACCACUUCGACACGUCAAUAAUCGAACUGAAGACAGAGGACAGAAGCAAGUUCCUGGACGCACUCAUCACCCUCCUGUCGUGAGAAACGUGAGCAGGAGUUGUGAGAUUGAAUACAAAUUCUUGAUUUGAGUCUCAUGUGUCAGACGUGACUGAAAUUAAUUGGUCUCUUUGGACGUGUACAGGGUCACCACGACGAGAACUUUAUCCGUGUUUGUGUUUGUUUUGUUUUUAAAGGUUCUAAUCAGUUUGUGUGUAAAUUGUACAGUCAAGUUUUUUUUAAAUGUGUAAAAGUCAUAUUUUUGCUUUUAAAUUCCUGUGUUUUAUUCAUGUCUGUGCUUGUAAGUCGCACCACAUUGCAUUUUAAUAAAGUUUAAUGAAUCAUA